CUCCUGUCACUGGCGUUCCAUAAGAACAAAUGCAGCUUUAAUAACACUUUUGGCAUCGUGCUCCACGAUCUCUGACAGCACCAUCAGUCCACUUAUUUCUGGCAUUUGUUUAGAGGAAGAGCUCAUGUAAAGGGGCGGUGUUUUCCUCAAGUUAUUUAAACCUCGUACUAAACUGGAGAGCAACAAUUUUCCUGCUUUGUGUUGCGUAAUAGGAGAGACUUCAACAUAACAACCAACUAGUUAUACAGUCCGAAUUUUCUGAAGCAGUAUUAGUCUAUUUGUUGGUUCUUGUUUUUCACAUUCAUCUCAGAAACAUGGACUUCGACUUGCCUCCUUCUCUUCCGGUGAGCGGUAUCCCAUGGGAAAGGGUUCUCCCACCGUUAUUCCCCCGGUGGAACGGGAAAAUGGGACCUUAUUCGUGGACCCCAACCGAACUUUUAAUCCCGGUUUCUGAGCACACUGGAGCAGCACAGGUGACCUGUGAUCAUAAGGGCUUCACUGUGCAAGUUGAUGUGAAACACUUCAGUCCCGAGGAACUGCUGGUAAAAGUGGUUGGAGAUUAUGUUGUGGUCGAGGGAAAACAUGAACAAAAAAAGGAUGGUUCAGGACUGGUGACACGUCAGUUUAACCGGCGAUACCGGAUCCCGAACGGAGUGGACAUCAUGGCACUGGAAUCAGCCAUGUCACCGGAAGGCAUGCUACUAAUCUCGGCACCUCUGACACAAGGAGACACUUCCAGAAUGUUAAAUCACACUGGACAAUGAUGUGCACACACACACACAGUUUCCCACAGUCAUAUUUGGAUUUUCUUUUUUCUCUUUUAACUGUUUUAGUUCUUAAUGUGUUAAAACUCCCAUCUUGUCGGUUUCUCAGCUAAUGCAAUGGUAAAGACCAAAACACACUCGCCUCCUCUCUCUACCCCUUGUGGCGGUGGACUGCUCAACUCAAAUGCCAAUUCCAAACAUACUUGAUUUCAAGCCAACAAGAAGAUUGUAUCACCUUUUCCUCACACUUGCUGUCGGUUUAGCACACAGCCUGUAAGAGCGACACAUUUGUCCUCAAGUUAACAGGGUCUCUCCACAUCCAAAACACACAAACCCAGACAUACUGAAUUUAGCAUGGCAACCAUUCAGAGAUGACUUGCUUGUUCACAAAAUUGCACAGACUGGUCAGUUAAUCUUGAUAGGCUAUGUUGAGAUUGUAUAUAUUUAAAAAUAAUAAUAAUGAUGAUGUAAGUGUUUAUUUAGCUCUAAUAUUUGUGUGAUGUACAGUUUGAAUAUAAAUAAAUAUAAAUGUAACACCCUU